AUGCUGGGGGUCAAUGGGGUGGGAGAGAGACGGAUCAGGGCAGGGCCGGCACACUGCGGCUCCCAUCGCUCCCCAUGGCGGCUGCUGCUCUGCAGCUCCCGUGGUUCCCAUGGCACCACCAUCGGGGAGGGCACCCCGACCCCAUCUGCCUGCACCGCCCACAGAAGCGCCGCGGCCGCCCCACCCGCAGCCCCUCACGCUGUCCCUCAUAAGAGCGCCAACACCACAGGCGGGUUCGCCGACGUGAGAGCGCCGCGGGGCACCCAACCCACAUUGCGCCGACCCGACUGCCCGCGCUUCGCUUCUCUCCCCCGUCCACGCGUCCCCCCGUGGGGCAGCCGAGCGCAGCCCACGGUGGGCUCCGGAGCAGGGAAGGCUCCGUUUGGUGCCCGCGGAGGCGCUCCGCGGCUGUGCGCCCAUCCGCCUUCCACGGGCACAGACCCGGAGGGACGAAGCGCUGCCCUGAGGGAUGGUUGGGCUACGCGGCCUUGGGGCUCUUCCGGUCUUAACGCCUCUGUGACUGUCGCGCCCUACCUCACGCACACGCCCAGCACGCUCACAACAGCGCACACACACACACGCACGGCGGGACGCGCUCACGUCACUCACCCCAAUCGCCGCCUUUUCCUGCCCCGCCCUCCGCACUACAGCCCCCAGCGCGCCCCGCGCCGCGCAUGCGCGUUUGUCGCCUCCGCCUGCGGCCGGGAAGUGGCAGCGCCGCCGGGAGCCGCGCCGGGAGCGCCGUACGUGAGAGGGGCCGAGCCGUGCCGAGCCGUGCCGAGCCGUGCCGGGGGCUGCUCCCUCCUGCGGCUGUGGGGACAGCGUAACAGCGGGCAGCUGUUAUCCUCCGGGCCUCCUCGGAGCCUGCGGGCGGUGCGGCCGCCAGGUGUGGGGCCUCUCGGCUGUGGAGACGCGGCGGAGGUUCCCCAGAAGAUGGUGUAA